CUCAAUCCAAAAUCCAAUCAAAGAUGAAGCAAUUCACCGGAGUUCUCUUCCUUUGCAUCGUUCUUCUCUCCUCCAUCUCCGGAAAUGCUAAUUCCGGUAUGAUCUCCGAUCUCUGCAAAAACUCCGACGAUCCAAAACUCUGUCUCUCCAGCAUAACUUCACGUCCCGAGUCCGGCGAAUUCGCAGGCACCAGCAACCAGAUCGAGAUCAUAGCUAUCUCCGCCGCAUCAGCCAACGCCUCCGCCACUUCCUCUUAUAUCAAGAAAAAGCUCAGCAACGAAGAUUUGGAGCCGGCGAUUGAGGACACGCUUGAGGACUGUCAGAAGAACUACCAAGAUGCUGUGGAGCAGCUUGACGACUCGAUCUCGGCCAUGCUCGCAGAUGCACACGCUGAUGUCGACGUCUGGCUGAGAGCGGCGAUCAGCGCUAUCGAGUCAUGUGGAAGCGCGUUGGAUUCACGCGCCGGGAACGAUGCUGAGCUUUCCCUGAGGAACAAGGUCUUUCUCAAGCUUUGCAAAAAUGCUUUGAUGAUUAACAAAAUAUCUGAAAGGGCUUUUGGUCAAGGGUUCGAUUCGUCGGAGCCGUUGGCCGUUUGUGGGGUUGGAGCGACCGUUCUCGGUCUUGUCUUGCGGUGUGGAUCAGCAGCUUGCAGUUUGAGGGGUAGUGGUUCGUGUCGGAGUUUAUGUCUCUCUCCUUUGUCGUUUCAGAUUUGGGCUCCGACGAAGGCGUCUUGUGGUGGUGUUGGCCGCGGUUUUGGUUCGCUCAUGGUCUGGCCAUCUUCCCUUUGUUGGUGGUGGCAACGGUAUCUGGUGGAUUAGGGUUUGUGGUCUGGUUUGUGCCACUUUGUGUCUUCGUUAGCCUUGUUCUCUUCAAUUCUCUUUUGGGUCCUUGUCUUUGUGCCUUCAUUGUUGGUUCGUUAGGUGCUGUUCUGGAAUUGGCUCUAUAUUUAGUCUUUUGUGGUCUAGUAUCUUUGUUCUCUUGCCUACUCUAUGCCAUGCCGAGUUUGCUUGUUUUUC